AGGUCCCACCCAACCCAUUUGUUCUCCCAAAUCUUAACUUAAUCAGUAGAUUUUUUGUAUCAACUCAACUACCGCUUCCACACCACAACAAACACACUACUUCAAAAAAAAAUCUCUUUUAGAUUGGACUGAAACACACCCCAAACAAAUCCUUAACUUAUUUUGUUCCAGUAACCAACAUAUCAGAACAGAACUGAACAGAACAUGACAACAACAUCCUCACACGCUCAAACCGAAGCAGCAAAAACAGAACAAAUAAUCACAGAAUUCUUCGCAAAAAGCCUCCACAUAAUAAUCGAAUCAAGAGCACUUUCUGCUUCAUCUCGCAAUUUCAGCACCCUUUCUUCACCAUCUUCAACUUCUUCAUCUUCCUCAUCAAGUGUUCGACCCAGAGACAAAUGGUUCAAUCUAGCACUCAGAGAAUGUCCUACAGCGCUUGAAAACACUGACCUAUGGCGCCACAGUAAUCUUCAGCCAAUUGUGGUUGAUGUUGUUUUGGUUCAUAGAAACCUUAGUUUCUCUCCGAAGGUUCGAUCUUUUGUAAAAGAGAGAAACCCCUUUGAAGAAUUCGGAGGUGGGUCUGAACAGAAUGAGAAGAUUGUUGAAAGAUGGGUUAUUCAAUAUGAAAGCAAGAAAAUUAAGGAUUGUUCUAGUUCCAACACUGCAAACACUACAAGAAGGUCAAGUAAUACUUUUUUGCAGAAUUUGUAUAAGAAAUCUACUUUGCUUUUAAGGUCUUUGUAUGCUACUGUUAGGCUUUUACCUGCUUUUAAGAUUUUUAAGGAACUUAGUUCAUCUGCAAAUGUUUCUGCUUUUAGUCUUGCUCAUCGUGUUUCGACUUUCUUUGAACCAUUUACUACUAAACAAGAAGCUGAAAUGCUUAAGUUUGUGUUCACUCCUGUGGAUACUAAUUCCGGUAAGCUGUGUUUAUCGGUGAUGUAUCGACCAUGUGUUUCUGAUGUGAGUUCGGAACCAACGACUCCUUUGUCUCCACAAGUUAUAACUGAUUAUGUUGGGAGUCCUUUGACUGAUCGGUUGAUGAGGUUUCCGUCGCUUCCUGUUGUUAGAAUGCCAUCACAUGGCUCUUCUCCGUCGUCAUUGCCAUUUUCGAGGAGACAUAGUUGGAGUUAUGAAAAUUGUAGAGCAUCACCUCCUGCAGUUAAUUAUUAUUCGCCUUCACCUACACAUUCGGAAUCACACACAUUGGUUUCUAAUGCUAGCUCUCAAGGUUAUUGUCCACCCUCUAGUUUGCCUCCUCAUCCAAGUGAAAUGUCUUUGCUUCAUAAGAAGAAUGUGAAUUUCGAUGAGUACUAUCCCUCGCCGAAUUUCUCUCCAUCACCCUCUCCUUCUUCAUCAUCACCAAUCUAUAGUUUGGGUUCGUUAGCUUCGAAAACUCUUUUACGCUCUGAAAGUGCUCCUGUCAAUAUACCAAAUGCUGAAGUUACGUAUUCCCCUGGACAUACCAGUAGGCAGAAUUUGCCACCGUCUACUCCUAUUAGAAUUUCAAGGUGCACUUCUGAGACAGAAAGAAGUAGGAAUCUUAUGCAAUCGUGCACCACACCUGAGAAGAUGUUUUCAAUCGGAAAAGAGUCUCAAAAAUAUUCCGGAGGGAAGAUAGCACCUAACAGCUCGCCACAGAUUUCAUUUUCCAGGAGCUCUAGCAGGUCUUAUCAGGAUGAGUUUGAUGAUACUGAUUUUACUUGUCCUUUCGACGUGGAUGAUGACGAUACAACGGAUCCAGGCAGCAGAGCGGAAUCUUUCGAUCGUGGUGAUAUGACUCAACUUCUUGAAGCUGGUAGGUUCUUUCCAAUCAGAAAGUCUCAAGGUGCCGCUGUUGGUGCACUUGUGCAUAUGUUGAAGAAAGCAGCACCUCUGCAUCAAGACUUCUCCACUGGUGAAAACUUGUCUCAGGGCGCCCGUGCUGAAAACUUGAAGAGCAAUAACUUUCAAGAGCCGAACCAGAUUCUAGAGAGCCUAACACCAGUGAGCACAAUGUCUUCUGGGAAUAGGAAAACAACAAGUGAUGCAUUGGAAGAGUUUCAUAGUUACAGAGAAAUGAAAAACUUAUUACUUAUGCCACGUGAUGGCAGUAAGCGACAAAUAUGAUCAUGCAUGUUUAGAAUCAUAGUAAGUUUGAAAAAAUUUCAGUGACAUUGAGAUUUUGUUUUAUCUCCAAAGUGUGGCAUUAGCCAAAAUCACGGCGGCACACUAUUAUUCUGGCAAACUCAUUACGCAUCCAACCAAACAUUCACAUAGUUCUUUGCGUUUGCAGCGGCAGCAUGCAAAUGUGAAGUUGGUGUUUGGUGAAAUAUGUACAGUUACAAAACAUGUUCUACAUUUUGUGAAUAUAUAUGUUAUGUGAAUGGCUGAAAGUGCUAAUUGAAAUUGUCUUGCUAAAA